GCCCUGACAGUGAUCUCCAGGCACAUGUGUGAAGAAGCGUCUUCAGUUGCUCCUCCUGCCUCUGAACACACAUUGGUUCGAAAAGUUAUUUUAGGCUUCAGAAGUUCCACUGUAACCCAGUACUUCCAGUGCAAUGACAGGAGGAGUCGAGAUUAGGCCCCUGCUAUUCCCCCCCCCCCCCUGCCAACGGUUCCCCUCGUCCGGGGGAUCUCCCUCCAAACACCAGUCGUAGCCAUCGCCGCUGUUGCAUUAGCCCGGAUUCUCAUUUUGAAAACAAUGGCCGACAGUCUCUUGCAGGUGUUGACCGUGCCCACAGCGCCGUACCCCGACCAGAGGCCCGGCACCAGCGGCCUGAGGAAAAAGGUCCGCGUGUUCCAAUCCAGGAGGAACUAUCUGCACAACUUCAUCCAGAGUAUCUUCUCCUCCAUCGACCUACGGGACCGACAGGGAUCGACAGUGGUGGUGGGGGGAGACGGACGCUUCUUCAACAGGACAGCUAUUGGGGUCAUUGUGCAGAUGGCAGCUGCCAACGGGGUGGGUCGUGUGAUCAUUGGACACCACGGGAUAAUGUCCACACCCGCCAUUUCCUGCGUAAUCAGGAAAUACAAAGCCAUCGGUGGCAUCAUCCUCACAGCCAGCCACAACCCCGGCGGACCUGACGAAGACUUUGGCAUUAAGUUCAAUACUGCAAACGGAGGGCCAGCCAAGGAGGCUGUCACAAACAAGAUCUUUCAGGUCAGCCGGACCAUUGAGGAGUUCGCCAUCUGUCCUGGACUGCAAGUGGAUUUGACCACCCAGGGACAACAAAUUUUUGAUCUGGAAAACAAGUUCAAACCAUUCACAGUGGAAAUCGUGGACUCUGUCGAAACCUACGCUAACUUGUUGAGGAACAUCUUCGACUUUGCUGCUCUCAAGGAGCUUCUGUCGGGUGAAAAGCACAUCAAGAUAAGAAUAGACGCCAUGCACGGAGUGGUAGGACCAUAUGUACGGAGAAUCCUCUGCGAGGAGCUGGGCUGCCCCCUCGAUUCUGCCAUCCACUGUGUUCCAUUGGAGGAUUUUGGGGGUCAACACCCAGAUCCUAACCUCACCUACGCUGCAGAUCUGGUUGACAGCAUGAGAGACGGACAGUAUGAUUUUGGUGCAGCAUUUGAUGGUGAUGGGGACCGUAACAUGAUCCUGGGCCAACGCGGCUUCUUCGUCACUCCACCCGACUCUGUGGCUGUCAUUGCUGACAACAUCUUCUGCAUCCCGUACUUCCAACAUACAGGGGUGAGAGGCUUCGCCCGCAGCAUGCCCACAAGUGCAGCCUUAGACAGAGUCGCCAAGGCAUCAAAAAUAGAGUUAUAUGAAACUCCCACUGGGUGGAAAUUCUUUGGGAACCUGAUGGAUGCAGGAAGACUGUCUUUGUGUGGGGAAGAAAGCUUUGGUACAGGUGGAGACCAUAUUCGUGAGAAGGACGGGCUUUGGGCCGUGCUGGCAUGGCUUUCUAUCCUGGCCACUAGAAAGCAGAGUGUGGAGGAUAUCCUCAAGGAUCAUUGGCUAAAAUACGGAAGAAACUACUUUACCAGAUAUGACUAUGAUAACGUAGACAUAGACACAGCCUGUGAGAUGAUGGAGGAUUUGGAGAUGAUGAUCGUCGACAAAUCCUUUGCGAAGCAGAGAUUUGCUGUGGAAGACAAAAUUUACAAAGUGGAAAAAGCGGACAACUUUGAGUACACAGACCCGGUAGACAGCACCGUCUCCAGGAACCAGGGUCUGCGGAUAAUCUUCUCUGAUGGUUCUCGAAUCAUCUACAGACUCAGUGGGACGUGCUGCGAUGUGGCAACAGUUCGAAUCUACAUAGACAGCUAUGAGAAGGAGCAAAUCUUAGAAGACACACAGGUAAUGCUGGCACCCCUGGCAACCAUCGCCGUGAAAUUUUCCCAGCUCCAUCGCAGGACGGGUCGAAGUGGCCCAUCAGUCAUCACAUGAUUCAAUUUGUUACUCCAUCAUUGCUAAACUAAUGCCCUAUUUGUAUUUACUGAUGUUUCUAUUAUGUAGCAGCAAUUUGCAUUUCAGGCUAAAAUAUAUUCAGUGUUUUUCUCUGAUUCUACAUUAAACUGCUUUUUAUUUUUUAGGCCAACUGUGAUCUUUGUGUAAACAUAUAUUUUAAUUGCACUUGGAUUAUCAGUAAAUUGUUUUAAACAUGUACUUCAAUAAAUAAGUCACUGGCAAAAAGCACAUUGUUUUAAAACCAUAGUGAUCAAAAUAACUACGCAUGACAUA